AGCCAAUAAGAUUCAACUAGAUUGCUGACGUAAAAGUUCUACUGGACUUGACACUCCAGGUGCUUCGGACGUCACUUCAGUUCGGUCUUUUAGGCGUAAAAAGAAGUCUUAAUUUGUGAUGGAUCAUUGAGAUAAAGAUAUGUUCUUUUAGUUUUUAUGUUUUAAACGGCUGUUGGUUUGAAGUCAAGCCUAUCGAGUGGCUUUUCUGGACGCCAGACAUGGAGGAAUCCAGGGACAUUUACGAUGUCUACGACUCCAACACCUCUCCCUCCUGGGAAGAGCACCAGUCUGAGCAUCUGGAAAACCUGGAGGAAGUGGAAGCCCUCAGGAGAAAGAUCAAAUAUUACUUCAUGAACCCCUGUGAGAAAUACCACGCACGAGGAAGAAAGCCAUGGAAGCUCCUGCUGCAGAUCAUCAAGAUUGGGAUCAUUACCAUCCAAUUGGUGUCUUUUGGACUGAGCAACCAAAUGGUUGUGGAGUUCAAAGAAGAAAACCUGAUGACGUUCAGACACCUCUUUCUGAAAGAUUACGUUGAUGGAGACAAAGAGACUUAUGCUAUUUAUAGACAGGCAGAUGUUUAUGACCAAAUUGAAUACAUAAUCACACAGUUUAGACUUCUGCACAACAACACAGUCGGCAAUCAUGAAUUUGAGAAGAACGGCACAGCCUACUCGCCUCUGCGGCUGUGUCAGGAGUUCUUCAGGAACGGCAGCAUCUAUCCCGGGAACGAGACCUUUGAGAUCGACGCCAACGUGGAUUCUGAAUGCCUCGAUGUGUAUCCCAUGUUUACCCCAUCAGCAAAGGAGAUCCUCCAGCACUUCAAAGUGCAUUUCAAAAGGUUACUCUCUGUGAAGAUCGUCUUCGUUCUGAAGGCCAUAAACCUGCAGACCGUGAGACACCGAGAGCUGCCCGACUGCUAUGACUUCACAGUUUUUAUUACUUUAGAUAAUCAAGCUCACAGCGGCAGGAUCGCAGUCCAGCUGGAAAACGACGUGGAAAUCAACGAAUGCCGGGACUGGAAAGUGUCGGGAGCCGCUGGUAAAAGUAUUUACCUGACGGUGGUGUUUGACUGCCUCAUCAUUACAACCUGCAUCAUCUCCUUCGCCCUCUGCACGCGCUCAGUGGUUACAGGAAUUAAGCUGAUGCUGGAGUACAGCCGCUUCUGUGACAGACGCUGCGGCAAAGAUGUUCCGUGGUCAGACAAGCUGGAGUUUGUGAGCGGAUGGUACAUCCUCAUCAUCGUCAGCGACACGCUCACCAUCACAGGUUCAAUUCUCAAGAUUGAAAUCCAGACCAAAAUCCUCACGACUUAUGACGUGUGCAGCAUCUUCCUCGGCAUCGGCACCAUGUUUGUCUGGAUCGGUGUGAUCAGAUAUAUGGGUUACUUCAGGAAGUAUAAUAUUCUUCUUCUGACACUCAGGGCAGCUUUUCCCAACGUGAUCCGUUUCAUCUGCUGUGCUGGAAUCAUAUACCUGAGUUACUGUUUUUGUGGCUGGGUUGUCCUGGGCCCGUAUCACGAGAAGUUCCGGAGCUUGAACACCGUGUCGGAGUGUCUCUUCUCCCUGAUCAACGGAGAUGACAUGUUUCCCACCUUCAAGGACAUGCAGCAGAAGAACAACCUGGUGUGGAUCUUCAGCAGGGUUUACCUCUACACCUUUGUGUCUCUCUUCAUAUACAUGAUCCUCAGCCUCUUCAUCACCAUCAUCACUGACACAUACGACACAAUCAAGCACCAGCAGCAGAGUGGAAACCCAACGUCCGACCUGCAGAAGUUCCUGUCGGUUUGUAAAGAUCUGCCCAAAUCUGGACUUUAUAGACUUCAGGAAAACAAAAGCUGCCUCAUCAACUGCUGCGUCAACAGAUGGAAACGGAAUCAAGAAAGACUCACGUCUGAGGCAUGACAGGUUUAAGGGAGUCCAGCACCUUUGAUUUGCACGUUCUGACCCAUUUUCAGAAAAAUACAAUACACACAUGGUCAUAGAGAGAGGACAUAAUAGAAGGCACAUUUUAAAUCACUUUUUUUUUAAGUUUAAAUGCUGAUGCAGGGCGUCCAGCAUUCAGCACAUCGUCAAUCUCUAAUGGGCUUUAAGUGAAAGAAAUACAACAAAUAGGACUGAAUAUGGAACAUAUAUGAAGCCUGCACUCAAGUUUUUUAAACUCAUAAUUAAAGAAAUCUUGGUGGAUCAGCUCUUUUGAGCAACAUCAUUUUAAAAAUUCAGAAAUGAAGGAAAAAGCAGAUACAUCAAAACGUUUACUUCCAGUUUAAAACAGAAACCAUGUGGAAAAAAAUAAAAAAGAGUUAACAGAGUAGCGAGCAUAGACGAUGUGCCAUAAAAGCAAGUUAGUUCCCAUUCACUCUGGUGUAAACAUUUUCCACAUUUUGGAAAGGAAAUAGCUAUCAGGGGUUAUUUUGUUUUUAAGAAACAUCAUUUGAAAUUUGGCAUUGAUGCACACAUGGUGACACUUUCUUCUAACUCCUAUGUGAUCUAGAAAGGUCUGACUGGUUCCUACAGCUGUCAGGUUUGCUUUUUUUUAUUUAAAGGCAGAUUCAAUGACAUCAAAUAGCAGUCAAUCCAAUACUAUCAUUUUUUGUGUACAAUUCUCAGUUUGGACACCCCUGCUCUAAUAAAUAUGUUGAAAUCUCCU